UCCUGAUACAUACAUUUAACACACGGUACUGAUGUAAUAUUACAUGUAAUUUUGUGAGUUAAUAAUGAAAUUAAAGAACCCAGAACUCUAGGGGUUGUCAUUGCUGAUAGGUUUGGAAACUUGACUUUUCCAGAGACCAUUAAUGGACUUCACAGACUUGUCCAGGCUGCCCCUGUCUCUCCAAGACGCACCCUCCAUUCCUGGGCAACCAGAGGAAAUCCAGCUGCUUAGUGAGGAGGCAACACCCAAAUCCAGCAGCAACCCGAGCUGGUGCCAGUGCGGAAAUUGCCUCCCAUCCCAACUCCCUGGGAGUCACCAAUGCCUGGAGGAGCUGUGCUGUCGGAAAAAGCCAGGUGCCUGCAUCACGACCUCAGAGCCAUUCAAGAAGCUCAUCCUGUCCAGACGUGCCCUGCAGUUCCUCCUGCUCUACCAGGAGCCCUUGCUGAAGUUGGAUGCGGAUGCCACCAACAACCAGCUGCGGCACUGCGCCUACAGGUGCUAUGCCACCUGGCGCUUCGGCUCCAAGGACCUGGCUGACUUUGCGAUCCUGCCCAGCUGUUGCCGCUGGAGAAUCCGGAAAGAGUUUCCCAAGAGUGAAGGCCAGUACAGUGGCUUCAAGAGUCCUUACUGAUGGAACAGAGCAGUCAUAGGCAAAUUACUUCUGCUUGCACCCCGAGCUUCAGCAGCCAAGAUCUGUGGCCAGAUUUCCUCCGCUGCCACUCUGCAUGUGUCAGAGAGCAGAGAGACCCGGGUAAACAAACAAACCAGCCAGAAUCCCUCAACAUGGACUGAGAGUCGAGAGAUUCAGACGUCUGUCUCAAUUUUGCCCCUGGGAAGCUGUGUGAUCUAAGCCCUUUAACCUCUGUACCUCAAUUGCCUUACGAUUCAACCUAUUCUCUUACAGAGAUAUUGGGAGGAAAAUUGAGACAGUGUAUACAAGCUUUCUUGUUAAUGCACAGAGAGCUAUAUGAAUACAAAGCAACUCAUUAUGAGGUCAGACUAGGAUAAUGUCCAACUAUGAACAAACUCUUUGGGUCUUGAGUCCUGGUUGGAGAACGUGAAGGAUUCAAAGUGGCUACAAAUUCCUUGGCCUUUGUCUCUCAGGACCUGAAGGUUAUGUCUCCUCCCCUUGCGCAGCUCUGAUUGCUUAUCCAAUAGUGGAAGUGAUGCUGGGUCAGUUUCAAGGUCUUGGUCUUAAGAGGCUGGCAACUUCCACUCCCUGUCCCUUGACACUUGCUGUGCAGGAAGCCAGACCUCAGGUAAAAGUCUGACUAUCCUGAGACAGCCCUGCUGUGAGGAAGCCCAAGCAACCAUGUGGAGAGGAGAGAUGACUGACCAGUCCCAGGUUUCAAAUCAUACAAGCCCAGAGCCUGCUAACACAUGUCUGCAACUGCAUGAGACACCCCAAGUGAGAGCUGACCCAUGAAUGCACAGAACAAAAUUGUUUUAAGCCACUAAGUUUUGGGUUCUUUGUUCUAUAGCAGCAGAUAGCUGGGACAAGAGAGCAAGCUGGACUCUUGGGGACAUAGACUCAGCCCAUACCUUCCCUGGUCCUAAAGGUCUCAGGGAGCCUAGACCACCUCUGGAGCCCCUCAGGGGCCUAGGUUCCCAUUCAGCAGUUCUAGGAGGGCUGCAGAUGGAAUCAGGUAACUCACCAGCCCAGCCCUGGAAUCCAUCCAAUUUAACUGCCACGCUGCCCAAUACAUUUCAAUUGCAUUACAUUUCUACAACUGGAAAUAACCACUGCUCUUAAGAACUGGAAAAGGCCGCCUUUAAGCUUUUAAUGUCUUAUGCUUUGCAGCCAAUUAAAGCAGAUGCAGUCUGGAUGCUACUCAAAAAGCAACCUAUACCCAAACCUUUAUCAUUCCCAUACAUCAGCCUCUAAAAAUAUGCAAAUGGACAGUCCCAGGUUCUAGGAUCCUCCUGCAGGAUUUCCUUUUCAUGGUUUUGGUGCUAGAAUCGACUAUUUCUAAACAACUAUUGUGAAGAAUAAAUAAAGACCACUAUUCAAUACUGUGACUAAUGAAGGACCUGUCAGGUUUUUUAUACAUACUCUAAGAUUUACCAUUUUUAAUACUUUUUAAAAAACAGCAGCUUUCUUUUGUGAUCCAGGAUUUUAUCUGGCUUUCAACUCAGGAAUCAAGCUCAUUAGGCCAGAUUGCACUGUCAUUUUUGCAACCUUUCCAGUAUAUUUUUAAAAAGUGGAUUAUAUAUAUGACUUCUUCAGAAUGGAGAAUCUUCCUCCAGAAUUCUAUUAACAGCUACAGAUUUCCAUUCUGAUGGCCUCUGAGUCUUUAUGCCUUUAUUUUUUGGUGCCUGAUUCCUGAUGAGUUUCUGUCACCUUGUGGAGGCCCCAGAUAGAGGUAGAAUUUGGGGUGACAGAUAAUCACUGGAUCCACCUACUGUUCUCCUUCCCUUUCCCCACAUAUGCUUAAAGUGAGAGGGUGAUGUGUGACGUCAACAGUGUGUAAAAUGUCUGACACUUCCUACAAAGACAUGCAUCAUGUUUGAAUUUUUAUGUUUAGGCUCCUACAUAAAAUAAUGUCAUCGCCAAAGGCACACCAAGGAGAAUCACAUUUUGUAAGACCUGUCUUCUUGUACUUCAAUCCAUUCUUCUGUUAAUGGUAACUGCACAAUACUCACUGAUUCAUCUCUAUAUCAGAGAUGUGCUUCCUUGUAACACUGAUUUCAUGCAGAAUAGGUAAUGAACUUGCAUUUAUCUCCUUGGAUGAAACCAUUUUUAAAACACUUCCUAAUUCUAGCUUGGCAAUGUAGCUGUCAUAACCUGACUGUUUUGAUAAUAAAAAAUAAUGUAUAAUUCAUGA